AUGACACGUAGCAUUCUCCGUGAGAUAGCGCAAGCUGUUGUUAGCAACCCAGUGCCCAUUCUCGCAGGAAUAGUCAUUGCAAGCGCUCUGUACCACUAUAUCUACAAAGCGCUGGCAGCAUCCCCUCCACGGCUCAUACCUGGCUCCAAAGUCUACGCAGUGACGAAAUGGCGUCUAGCGUUGGAUGACUAUUUUGGCACAAGGAGUCGGAAAAUACAUCAGUUACACAGGAAGUACGGAACAGCCGUUCGCAUUAGUCCUAAUGAGGUCUCAUUCUCCUCUCUCCCGGCCUUGCGUACUAUCUACGGCGCCGGCUCAGGGUUUGAAAGGACCAGCUUCUAUCGCAUGUUCGAUGUUUAUGGACGACAAAAUUUGUUCACGUUUGCCGAGGGGAGAAAGCACAGCGAGAGGAAGAAGCUGCUUGCGCACGCUUACUCAAAGAGUGUGGUUCUAUCGUCUACUGGCAUCGCCAGACCCCUUGUGGAGAAAAAUGUCAAGAGUUUCCUCGCUCUUCUCGAACAAGAGAAGAGUGUUGCAGAGGAAAUAUUCCACAGUUUGCAUUGGUUCAGCCUCGACAGCAUCACUGGAUUUUUGUACGGAGACAAACACGGUGGAACUCAUGCACUGGAGGGAAACAAGGCGGAUAGGAUGAUGCUUAACGAUAUCAUUGACCCCAGCCGGAGAAGACUCAGUUGGUUCGUUGUCCACCUCAAGACAUACACUAAUUGGCUCUACACGAGAACCGGCGUCACGGAGAAGCUUGUCACAGCUCUGGGUCUCCUUCCCAUGAAGAAGCCAGCAACAUACACGGGUAUCCGAGCCCACGGCUUGCGAUCAUGGAAAAAGUUCGAACACAAUACCAUCAACGAUGAGGAGUCAUACAAUGACAAAGCAAUCAUUUCAAAGCUAUGGCAGCACAGUAAGAGCGAGAAAGAACCUAGGCUCGAUGGCCUUGAUAUCGCGUCCGAGGUUGCCGACCACUUCUUGGCUGGGAUUGAUACGACCAGCGACACUCUGAUGUUUGUGAUAUGGGCACUCUCCAGGCCUGAGAAUAAGAAGUACCAAGAACAAUUGAUAGCGGAGUUGGAUCUCAUACCUUCCAUCUCUCGUAACGAAGACGGAAAUCUGACAGCGGAAGCCGCGGACAAAUUACCUUUUCUCGAUGCAGUCAUUAAAGAAGGCCUCCGACUGUACGCCCCAUUGCCGGCGUCGGAGCCACGCUCGAUACCUAUGGACACCAUAAUCGACGGAUACCACAUUCCUGCCGGCACAGUUGUCAGUAUGUCACCAUAUACACUGCACCGGAACGCAGCUGUGUUUCCAGAGCCUCUCAAGUUCAAGCCCGAAAGAUGGCUGGGAGAGUGUGGGAAUGUUACAGAGAUGAAGAAAUGGUUCUGGUCAUUCUCAAGUGGUGGAAGGAUGUGCAUUGGCAUACACCUUGCCAUGGCAGAGAUGACGACUCUCCUAGCAGCUAUAUAUUCGAAAUAUACAACCGACGAGCAAGUCAGGCAAAAGAACGUAAGCCCCGGAAUCACAAGUCGGUUUGAAGUAUUCUCCGACGAAACUUUUGCUGUGGUUAAGGAGCACGAGUGCUGGAUCGACUUUACGAAACGACAAAGAGAGUGA